AUGACAGCCAAGAUGGACGUUGCCACGCUCGUGGCGCAGAUGAACGAGGCCCUCGCAUCGAUCCACGCGACGAUCGAGGGCCUGUCGACGUCCGCCGCCGAGAGCGACACGAAACUUGACGAGCUCGAGCAGAAGCGCGACAUGACGCUCGCCGAGCUCAAGGCCGCGUAUGAAAAGGAACAACAAGAGCUCGCGGCCGCACGCCAGAAGGAGCUGGACGACAUUGCGGAGCAGCGGCGCAGGGAAGACGAGGAGCGCGAAGCCCGCCGCCGCCGAGAGGACGAGGAGCUCGCGGCUCGCAAGGCCAAGGAGGACGAGGAGAAGAAGGGCACGUUUGACACCACGACCCGUAAUGUCGAGGACGAGAUGGACGACCUCAUGGAUAGCAUCGAGGAGGAGACGGCCAAGAAGAUUGCCCAAGGCGAAGCCAAGCUGGCGGAGCUCGAGGAGAAGAGAAGAGAACUCAACCGCUUGAUCGAAGAGCAGAUGAAGGCAGCGGUGCCUCCGAUCCCGACGCGGAAGCGUGCCAGAACGGUCCGGAACUCCAGCGCCGUCCCAUCCGCCGAACCGUCCCCUCUGCCACCGGCCGAGACCCUCGCCGAGCAUGCCGCGGGAAACAAAGGCGCAGAAGAGGAAGAAUCAAUACCAGGCGAGGGGACGGCGGAGGAGGGACUUGAAGGUGACGACUCCCGGCCACAUCCCGAAGAACCCGUGGCUGAAAAGAAUGUGGAGGAGGGCGCUAGCACCGAGGGGACACAGCCCGGCGAGGACUCCGGGGAGACGCCCCCGACCGAGACGGUGUCUCCCGAAGAGCCUGCCAAGGACGAGACGACUCCCCGGGAGCCGGCUGUUGAGGUGGAUAUACCGGCAGAGGCUUCCGAGCCCGAGGCCGAGCCGGAGCCGGCGGAAGACACCAACCAGGAGACCGCCCCGGACGAUCUCGGCGACAGCUCAUCAGUCCUCAACAGCGAAGACCACAAAGAGGAUGUCCCGGAAGAGGUUGAAGAGAAGAUUGCCGAGGUUCCGGAUGCUGUUCUUGCAGAAGAGAACAGUGUUUCUCAGUCUGAGAUGCCCGAGACGACAUCCCGAAGUGUAACGGCUGAGGAGCCCGUCGCCGAGGAGCCACCCACCGAAGAGACACCUACUGAAGAGCCGGCACCUGAGAAAACUCCUUCUGAAGACACCCCGAACGUUGAGGAAGCCUCCGCUGUCGAAGAAACUCCUGCCCCUGAAGCGACUGCAGCUGGUGAGACGCCAGCUGGAGAAGCAGCCGGAGAGGAAACGCCCGCCACGGAGGACACUCCGGCAGAAGAAACCCCAGAAACAGAAGAGACCUCCAAGGAAGCCCCUUCUGACGAUGAAAUUCUCAAAGAAUCCCCCGAAUCUGUAGAGGCAUCGGCGUUGGAAAGAGGCGCCUCUGAUGAUGGCGGCAAAGAGGAUGUUCCGGUCGGAGAGAACGCAACUGCCCCCGAGCCCGCUGAGACCGUCGAGGAGCUGGAAGAGCAGCCUUCUGAAGAGACAACCGCGGUCGAGCCUUCCAAGGAGCAGACUGCCGACCAAAGGAGUGAUGCUUCACCCGAACUGAGUCCUGUGAACGAGGAUGAGAAUACCCCAAUGGCGGUUGAAGAGAAGGCUAAUGGCGAAGAUGCCGACGAGACCGUGGGAGAAGACUCUACGCCUGAGUUCUCCAUAAGGGCCGUAGCCGACGCUGAGCAGGUCGUAGGGGAGGCCCGGCCAGAGACCAACGACGAGCAAGCUGAAGCGCACUUGGGGGACGCCCACGACGUCCCCGAUGUCGUCUUUACGCCUGAUGCAGAGGAGACAGACGAGAAGGCGUCUCCUGGAGAAGAGGCCCUGCUUCAAGACGAGGAUGCCACUGUCGCGGGGUAUUUCGUCGCAGAUGAAUCCCCAGUAAAGGAUGGAGCCGCUUUUCAAGAACGCACUCAGCUCGAAGACGACACCGUGACUCUAGAGUCCUCUUCAGCUGAACCGACGGAACCUCUGGAAGAGGCCAGGAAUCCUGCUUUGGGGGAGAUUGCCAAAGAGAUCGAUGCUCUCCCAACCGAGGACGUGGUGCCAGAGCAAGAAGAUAACCAGCAGGAGGAGACUGAAGCGUCACUCGAACAGCAAGCCCCCGAGGAUGUCACAGUUCAAGAUGAGGUCUUUGAUUCCCAGGAUGCUACCGCGGAAAAGGAUUCAGAGAACCAAGACGACUCCCAGCUCGUGAAUGAAACGCUUCAGGCGGAGAAGCCUAACGAGCCUGAAUUUCCAACGGAAGAGACGGCGUUCUUACAGGAAGACAACUCUCAGGUUGAGGCUCCUGCUACAGACUCCCAGGGACCCGAGGAUGGCCCGCUCUCGGAAGAGACUCUUGAUCCCAAGGCGCCUGUCGAUGAGGUCAGAAUCGAACAAGAGCCUUUGAAUGCGGAUGAAUCCCGAGCGCAAGAUGAGACCCCUGCUGAAGACGAAGUCGAAGCCAAGGAGGUCCCGAGCGCUGAGGAUGCGCCAAAGAGAGAGGACUUGGUUAAAUCGGAAGCCGAGGACCCCGUCCAAGGUGAAGCGUCUAUCGAGAAGAAGGCCGAAGCCACGGCAGCUGAUGGCUCAUAUGAGGAGGAAGCUGGCCCAGAAAGCGCCGUGGAGACAACUGCUUCCGAGACUAUCGACACGAGGGAAAUCAAGCUCGCCCAGGCAGAGUAUGUCUCCGAGAAACCGUAUCCAGAGGAUUCUGGGGCGUUUCCAACCGAGGAUGUUACUCCAGACUCGACGGCAGAACCUGACGAGGCCCAAGAAAAGGAAGAUGUUACCGAAGAAGCCACUCAAGACGCUGCGGUGGACGGCCUCUCCAAUGAAAUCGUCGACCAAGAGACGGCACCAUCGGAGAGCGCGGCGCAGGCCCAGAUCGACUCCCCAGAAGGCCAAGCGGAAGUCAGUGGACCGGUCCAGACCUCCCAAGAGGAGGGAGAAGCUGUCCGGGACCCGGCAGACGGGUAUCAGACGACUGACGACGCUGAUGGCUCUGUUCUUCUCAACAGCCAAGAUGAGGUCAAGCAGACGCAGCUGCCUCGGUCAGAGGACAAUGAAGAACAGGAGGAUCAGAGCCCGUCUGGGCCAGCAGAAAAUCAACCGGAAGAGACAAUCCCCUCAGAAGAACAUGAGAAGCAUUCUCCCUCGGCCCUGACGCCGGUUGAGACAGAGGAGCAAGAUGCCGAGACCUCCGCCACAGCCCCUUUCCACGAUGAGACCGCGAGCCCGCUUACACAAGUCCACGACGAAGACUUCAACGAGGUCAGAGAGAACCAAGAUGAGGUUACCAACUCGAUUGCAAACGAAGAGACUAUCGAGACUGAGGUCGACGACGCUCAAGAACAUGUGUACAAGAUGUCGGUGGAUGAGGAUGACGUUGACGACGUGAGCCACGUCGAUGAGUACCACCAACACGACGACGACGGUGUCGCGCUCAAAGAGUCCCCAAGUCGCGAAGUGGACGUCACGUUGGAUCCCACGCAGCCCGAUGCCCACCACGCCGAGGUCGGAGUCGUAGCCUCGUAUCACCAGGACGCGAGCUUCGACGAUGCUGACCGUUUGAGCGAGCCCGACAUCGACACCUCCGCCAUCACCGAGAACACGGAGCCCGAUGCGCCAUCUGUCGAUGAAAGCUCCGGUGAAGCCUCAAUCGUCGAAGCGUACUUCCAUCCCGAGUCUGUGAGCCGCGAUAUCUCUGCAGACCCGGAUGCCACGCUCGACAGCUCCUACAUGGCCGAGGCGCUGAGCAUGACGGCGGACCAGAGCUAUGAGCAGGACCAGAGCUAUGAGCAGGACCAGCAUCACGACAGCUUCUUACCGAAUUCCAGUGUCCAUGAGCAUCGUGAGGAUAGCGAACAUUUUGCAUCGAGGCAAGCCCUUUUCGACGAGGAAGAUGACAACGUAACUUCUCCUACUCAGAGCGUCGGGGCAGAGAGCGACGUGGAUGAGCCGUCCGAGGACUCAUACAACCCCUUUUCCAGAGCCAGAGCCACGACUUUCGAGCAGCCGGCAUACCAACCGUCGGACAACAUCCCGUACAACCCGUUCGCACUGCAGACGGUCAUCGAGGAGGAGACGCCGCAAGAAUCGCACAACCCUUUCGCCAGGAGGAGAACCGUUGACGUUGACGACGAGGCGUCAGAAGCCUCUUACAACCCCUUUACUCGCAACACCACGACCAGCGCCGCCGCCGACAACUUCCUACGCUCAGCCAGCGCCCUCGGCCACAGCCAGCCGUCUUCGCCCGAGCAAACAUUCGCCCGGUCAGCCAGCGCGCAAGGACGUCGUCGUGACAGCGUCAGCUCCAACAACCCGUUCGCCAGGAGCAUGAAGCCCGACGACCAGAAGAACCUCUGGUCAACGACGGCGGCCAGUACCCGUGGACAGCAUGAGGCGGUAACGCACUCGUCCAACAACCCCUUUGCCCGGAGCGCCUCGGCACAGGGCUACUACGAGCCGGACGACGCCGACACGGACAGCGAAACCGACGACGAGGAGGCGCUCGCGGCGGCCGAGGCAACAUACAAGAACCUGUUCCCCGCCGGCCACGGCUCCCCGAACGCCAACAACGGGUUCGUGUCGGCUGCUCAGGGCAUCGAGCGUCGGCAGCCCACGCCGCAGGUCCCGGACUCGAUGUACAACAAUCCCUUCGCUUCGAGAAGAGGCGACGACGUCGACGAAGCGAGGUUCCACCGGGGUCUCUCGUCGUCCCCAGCGGGCGGGCAUGACUACUACACGUACUCGGACGCGGAUGCCGAAGGAGGACUUGACGGACCGACGAGCCCGGUCGCUCACCACUUCGUCCAGGAGAGCAGCCCGAUCUCGGCCCGGCACCUCGCCUCUACGAACCUCGAGAGCAUCCAAGAGCGCUACAACAGCGAGCUGGAGGACAUGGACUCGGAAUCAGAGGGGCCGGAGAGCCUCACAACCUCGCAGCAGCUGCCGGGCCGCCCGCAAAGCCGCGGUGUCGUGCCCGCCAUGCCGAGCAUCGCCGAGCGGUCUCACCGGGACUUUGACGAGUCUGACGAGGAGGGAGGAGACUGGGAUCCUCAAGCUCACGCUCCUCGAACCAGCAGCCAGAUCGAUACGUUGUUGACAUCCUCCGAGUACAGACCUGCCCCUCCCCCUACCCGUCCCCCGCGUGUCCCGAAUUCCCAAGACGUCUACAACCAAGAGGAGGUGGGAGAGUCAUCCGAAGACGACGGAGACAUCUUCCGCUCGAAUCCUGCCCCAUCAGCUCACCCGAGUACCAUCUCACCAUCGCAGUAUAGCGCAACACCUCCAUCGCUGCCAAGGCCGCCUCCCCCACACAUGCUCAUCUCACAGGACCGCCACGAACAGCAGCAAGCGGAAGACUCGUUGGAGGAGGAAAGGGAUGGAUGGGACGAUGCCUUCACUGCCGUACAGCCAAGCACUCACCUGACCGGGCAGUUGGAAGCCACUGCCCCCCAUCCGCCUCCUCCACAUGCCGCCCCCGGUUCAGAGGGUUUCCAUCAUCAUCAUCAUCAUCAUCAUCAUCAUCAUCAUCAAGAGCAGCCGGACUCAAGUGAGGACGACGAAGCCCCCCAUAGCCAAAACGUUGCUCGGCCUGGUCAGUUCCCCUUUUCAUCAUCAGUAUCAUCGUCUCAGUUCAGGGCCGCUUCGCCCUCGACCCAGCCUCCGGGAUACGCAGUCUCUCAGGUACAGGAUAGACAGGGUUUCGAGGGCUCAGAGGACGGGGAGGAUGCGUGGGACUCGAACGCCACUCGGCCCGGUCAGAUUCCAAUUCUAUCGACGUCGCAGUACAGGGAGACUCCUCCACCGCCUCCGCCUCCGCGUCUGCGCGCACCCAGCGCACAGGACCGUCACCAUCAGGAUCUCCAGGAUUCCGACAGCGGCGACGAGAAUGAGGAGGCAUGGGAAGCUAAUACAUAUGGUCAGACAACGGACAUAACGGGCAAAAGCAGCCCGAUGGGGAACAACCGGAUGGAAGUCGACACAGGGAUCUCAUCGACGCCCUCGGGAUCGGAUCCGAUGAUGGCCUCCAGCCCGCCGCCGCCGACGCCAUCGUCCUCAGCAAACCCAGUGAUUUCCGACAGCCCGGUGUUACCUCCAACCAUCCCGGCGAGGUCAGUAUUCAGGGACUCGGCACUGGCAGCAAGCAGCCGGGGCCUACAAAGUCGUCCAAGAGAAGAAGACGGGGGAGAAAGCGAUGAUUCCUGGGAGAACAUCGGGCAGCGCGGCGAGGCAAACGCCGUCGGCGUCAACGACAACAACGACAGCAGCAGCGUCAACAACAAUAUCGAUGACGACAACGACGACACGGCAGCAGGCCAGACAACAUCUAACACGGCCACUCCUCAGCUGCGCGUCGACAGCUACGAGCAACGGUGGCCCAACGGGAGCAACGACCAGAUCUCCACGGCGUCGACGUUGCUCCAGCCGUCGGGACCUGGGGACUUCACCGACACCGAGUCUCAGGGGUACGUGACCCCGUUGCCGUCGGCCGGGUUCAGCGCGUCUUCGCAGUACACGCAAGCCGCCACGGACUCGCCGCGACACCCGGACUCGGCCGGCAUGAAGGACGUCUACGAUCAGAGCUCCAACCGGGGUGCCGCGAGCUCGCCGUACGACCAAGACAUAUCGACAGUAUCGUACGGCCAUGCAUCGUCACUGGCAGAUGAGCUUGCCCGGGACAACAACGACGAUGACGACGAUGACUCGGAGUAUGACAGCGAGUACGAUCACACUCAAGCACCUGCGUUCCUCACCCAGAUCGGCACUGCUCAGCAACAACACGAGCAGCAACAGCUUCAACAGCAACUCGAAUCCAACGAGCCAGUCCUGGAGCAGGUCGUCGACUCGUUCCACAGCGACGACGACGACGACAACGACGACGUCGAGGGACCAAAGACGGCAGUCAUCUCGACGGACGGACACCCCCUGCAGUAUGCCUCGGCCCGGUUUGGUGCCACUUCCUGGCGGGACGAGCUCCGGUCUCCCACCCUGUUCGGGGCCACGAGACACAGCCGCUCGGGGUCCCUGAGAGAAGAGUUCCAGAGGUCUCUUCAUCAGGAUGCCGAGGCCAGCCAUCCCUCGCCCCUUCAGUCUGCUCAUCAGAUCCAUGCCAAACCCGAAGAGCAGAGGCAAAACUCGGACGAGGAACAGCCAUCUCAGGUUUAUCACCAUGAGCCCUUCGAUCAACAAGCGGUUCAGACACAUGAACAAGGGACGUCGUUUGGUCAACAACCGUCGUCUCAAGUCCACAGCCAUCAAGCCCCUGAGCCUGAGGUGCAAGUGACCGAGGUCGAGGCAGAAGAGGAACACGAGCAGACAACUCCUCAGUUGGCACCCCAAAGUGAGCAUGCGCCUGACAUCAGCCCCCUCGCUCUGCAACAGGAGUCCCCGGCGACGCCGUCUCCUUCCCGCGGUCUCGCCUUCAGCAGGCACAAUCCUGACCGACCGCAGACGCCGCCGGCACAGUCCGCCCCGAGGGAAGAGGAAGAGGAGGAGGCCAUUGACCCCGAGUUGAUGAUCCCGCGGGACGUGACCAACGUCCCGUGGCACGCGCGGACCGACUCGGUGCCGCACUCGAUGCGCAGCCAGAGCACCAUCGACUCCAUCGCCUCGUCGCCGGUGCACUCGGCCCUGCACGCCGACAAGCACGAGCCCGUCAUCCGAGACUCGUGGCCGGCGUCCGUCCAGCACCUGACGAGGCCGCGCAACGACUCGGCCCUGACGGACCGGGACCGGGACGACUACGACCCCUUCCGGUUCGAAGGCGCCGCCACCGCCAAGCAGCUUGUGGGAGCCGGAGCCGGAGCCAUGCGCGCGCCCUCGGGCUCCAUCGGCUCCAGCUCCGACAGCCCGCCGCGGAACACGGCGUCGAACGGGUCCCCCGGCAGCCUCAUCAGUAGGAUGCGCGGCAUCUUCGAGAGCGCCGCCCAGGCCAAGCAGGAGCCGUCGACGAGCCCGGUCCGGUCGCGGCCUGUGUCGGGCGUCUUUCACUCGGUCCGGCGCAACAGUACCAAGCCCGGGGGUGAGGACGGUGACGGAGUCGGAGUUGGAGUCGGACCCGGAACCGGCAGCAACCCGGCAUACGGGCGCAAGGCCGGGUUCCUCAACGAGGCCGAGGACGAGGCCGACGAGAAGAGCGCGCUCCUGCGAAGCUCGACAGGCGGGCUCGAGGCGAAUUGA